UUCUUCUUCUUCUUCUUCUUCUUUUCCUACUUCCAUCCUCUCCCCGCCACUGGAAGUCCUCCCGUAUCUAAAUGGAAUUAGUGGAGACCGAAGCCCCUUGUGUAAGGAACAGACAUGACCCAUGGGCGCAGCUUCCUUCACAUUGUAGCAAGUUUAAUCAUCCUACAUUUGUCUGGGGCAACCAAAAAAGGAACAGAAAAGCAAACUACUUCCGAAGGRCAGAAACCAGUACAGUGUGGAACUUGGACAAAAUAUGCAGAAGGAGGCAUCUUCACUUCUCCAAAUUACCCCAACAAGUAUCCUCCGGACAGAGAGUGUGUCUACAUUAUAGAAGCUGCUCCUAGACAAUGCAUUGAACUACACUUUGAUGAAAAAUAUUCCAUAGAGCCUUCUUGGGAGUGUAAAUUUGAUCAUAUUGAAGUACGAGAUGGACCUUUUGGCUUUUCCCCAAUCAUUGGACGUUUCUGUGGACAGCAAAAUCCACCUAUGAUAAAAUCCAGUGGCAGAUUCCUGUGGAUUAAAUUUUUUGCUGAUGGUGAACUGGAAUCUAUUGGGUUUUCUGCUCGCUAUAAUUUUACACCUGAUCCAGAUUUUAAGGACCUUGGCGUUUUGAARCCAUUGCCAGGUUGUUUGUGA